AUGGACAAUCAUGUCGCCGCAAAUGUGUUCGGCACAUUGGGAGCAGUGCUAUGGUCGCUUCAGCUUCUACCACAGAUCUGGAAGAAUUGGCGACGACAUGACAGUGAGUCCCUGUCUGCGGCCUUCUUCUUGUCCUGGGCCAUGGCUGGGGUUCCCCUCGGCGUGUACAAUAUUUCAAACAACUUCAAUAUUGCUUUGCAAGUUCAGCCGAAUAUUCUCAUCUUCCUAAGUCUCUGGACUUGGUCUCAGUGCAAGUACUACGGUGACAAAUGGAGCCUGAAGAAGAUUGCUCCUCUUGCCAUAGUCAUAGGUGCAGUUCUUGGCGGCGCUGAGACCGGUCUCGUGUUUGCACUCCGCGUGGCCUUCAGAAGAGGCCACAAGUGGCCGUCAACUCUCAUGGCAAUCCUUUCCGCCGUUCUUCUUGCGGCUGGAGUACUACAACAUUACGUCGAUAUGUUCAGGACGCGGUCAGAUGCAGGAUUGUCCCUCAAGUUUGCCCUUCUCGAUGCGAGCGGAGAUGUGGCUUCGAUUUUGUCUGUCAUCUUUCAGCCUUCACUAGAUAUUCUGGGCCUAGUCAUCUACGGUACGGAGUUUGCCAUAUGGUUGGGGCUGAUGAUCAUUUUGUUAUAUUUUCGGGCGGCACAGCGCAGGAAACGAAGAGUCAUUCGAGUGGAUGGACCGUCCGAUAGUACGAGUAACCAAUAGUUG